UGCAAAACGAUAUUGAUCGUAUAAAUUAAUCUGCACUAAAAAUUAGUCAGUAAUCAUCUACACCGAGCACGAUGCAAUCGAAUAACGGCCCCGAAAGCGAUCCCCCGGAAGAAGGCCUACCCCUUGUUCCGCAGCAUGAUUUUAUACCAUCAUACUUGUCAAAGGUUACUGGCAUUCAGCGCUCUCAUUAUUACACAAAAGACGAAGUUGCUCGGCACCGCACCACUGUCGAUGCGUGGCUGUCCGUUCAGGAUCGCGUCCUCAACGUCAGCGAUCUGACCGCCCGUUCGCACGGCAUUACGCCGGCGGAACGACGGGCGCGUGCCACCUUAGCACGCUAUGCGGGCACCAACGUCACGCACUGGUUUAAAGCCAACAGGUUCCCCUUGGAGUUGAGAGAAUUCAGCAAUUGGAAGCAUAAUGGAAUGCAGGAGUAUUUCUUGCCACAGGGACCGAUUCCCGAUGUGUUGCCCUUCGCGCCGGUGACUAAUUAUUCGGUGCCGCGGCCCGGUCGAAGGAAAACCUUCUGGUGGAAUGAAGCCAGGCGAGAGAUUGGUAAACUCACGAAGAAGACCAGGAAAAUAUGGGUUGUCAACAUGCUUUUUGCGUCCGAGCCACAUAAUGCGGCGCCACAGCAACUAAAGGUUUGCUCGGAGGAGACACUGAAAGAAAUACUUUACCGAUAUCUCCACUACAAUCGUCACGCGGGAAGCUACACGUGGAAAUACGAAGGUCGCGUUCUAGAUAUGGAUAAAACUUUGGAAGAUAACGGUAUUGACGAUGAUGAGGAAGAACUAAAAGCGCUCGAUAUAAAUGCCGACGAAUACAUACCAGUCUUGCACGUUUACUUUAAUGACGACCUCACAUCUGCUUGAUAGAUGCCUCUUUUGUUUCAUUAUUUAUUCCGGCAGAAGACGCAAAAGACUAGUACCCCGUUCUAGCUUUAUAUAUUGAACUAGCCUAAUUGCGAGCCGGUGCUUAAAUACGUAAAAUAGGUAAUUGUUUAUUCAAUUCUGUACUUUUAUUGUGAUAAAUUAAUUACUAGUUUUGCACAUGCAUACGAGUACUGAAGUAUAGAUAUGUGAUGACAGGCUUAGAAGUUGGCUUUUCUGGGAAAUCUAAUUAAAAAGGAAGGAAC